CAACGAGCAACAACCCCCAUCAACUACAAUUUGAGAAACGACAGACAGCCUCCUUGCUGUCACUCUAGCCAAUAUGGCACCGCAUCAGGAUACAUUGUUCCGCUCCGCGGACAUGAGCCUGACGCAGUUGUACAUUGCCAACGAGAUAGGCAGAGAGGUUGUGAGCGCCCUCGGGGAGCUGGGUGUCAUGGACUUUAGAGAUCUCAACUCCUCCGUGUCGGCUUUCCAGCGCACAUACACGCAUGAGAUUCGACGUCUAGACAACGUGGAAAGGCAACUUCGAUAUUUCCAGGCGCAGAUGGACAAAGCUGGUAUUCCUAUGCGUUCGAUCUACGAGUUCGAUAAUGUCCUCGCCCCCCCCUCAGCCUCGGAGAUCGACGAACUGGUAGACCGCUGUCAAAGCUUGGAGAACCGUGUGUCCUCGCUCAAUGAGAGUUACGAGACUCUGAAGAAGAGAGAAGUUGAAUUGAUCGAAUGGCGGCAUGUGCUGUUACAGGCUGGUGGGUUUUUCGAUCGUGCCCGCGGCAACACAGAGGAGAUUCGACAAUCGAUGGACGAAAGCGACGACGCACCCUUGCUACGUGAUGUGGAAGGAAGCGGUCAGAACGGUGACGCGGUCGGUGAUAGAUCUUUUACUGCGAUGAACAUCGGCUUCGUUGCCGGUGUCAUUCCCCAGGAUAGGAUGGCUGCCUUCGAGAGGAUUCUAUGGCGCACCCUCCGUGGUAACUUGUACAUGAACCAAUCGGAAAUCGACGAAGAGAUAAUCGACCCGGAGACAAACGAGGGCACCAGGAAGAGCGUGUUCGUCAUCUUCGCUCACGGCAAAGAGAUCAUUGCGAAGAUCCGCAAGAUCUCGGAGUCGCUCGGCGCGGAUCUGUACAGUGUAGACGAGAACUCCGAACUUAGACGGGACCAGGUCCACGAGGUCAAUACUCGCUUAAGCGACCUAAACAGUGUUUUGCGUAACACAAAGCAGACCUUGGAUGCAGAACUGACAGCUAUAGGACGCACCCUCGUCAUGUGGAUGGUGAUCAUUAAAAAGGAGAAGGCAGUGUACCAGACUCUCAACCGCUUCUCUUACGAUUCUGCAAGGAAGACAUUGAUCGCUGAAGCUUGGUGCCCGACCAGCUCCCUAGGUUUGAUCAAGUCCACCCUCCAAGACGUUAAUGAUCGUGCUGGCCUCGCCGUUCCUACCAUUGUCAACCAGAUUCGCACCUCGAAGACUCCUCCUACUUAUGUCAAGACGAACAAGUUCACCCUGGCAUUCCAGACCAUCAUCGAUGCUUAUGGAACAGCUAAGUACACUGAAGUCAAUCCCGGCCUACCUACCAUCGUAACCUUCCCUUUCCUCUUUGCUGUCAUGUUCGGCGAUUUCGGCCACGGUAUUAUCAUGACACUUGCUGCCUGUGCCAUGAUCUAUUAUGAAAAACGCCUCCUUCGAAGCAAGCUCGACGAGUUGUUCUCUAUGGCUUUCUAUGGCCGGUACAUCAUGUUGAUGAUGGGCGUUUUCUCCAUCUAUACGGGUCUCAUCUAUUGUGAUGCCUUCUCCAAAGAGAUUCCGCUCUUCAAGUCUAUGUGGGAAUGGCCGGAGGAUUUCAAAGAGGGCGAAACUGUCACUGCGUACCGCCCCGACAGCGGCUACACGUAUCCAUUCGGCAUGGACUACAGGUGGCAUGACACCGAGAAUGAUCUCAUCUUCUCCAACAGCUACAAGAUGAAGCUCAGCAUUUUACUUGGCUGGGCUCACAUGACAUUCUCUCUUUGCUGGUCUUAUGUCAAUGCUCGCCACUUUAAAUCCCCCAUCGACAUUUGGGGCAAUUUUGUACCUGGCAUGAUCUUUUUCCAGUCCAUUUUUGGCUACCUUGUCUUCUGUGUUGUCUACAAGUGGUCCGUGGACUGGGUCGCUAUUGGCAAACCAGCGCCGUCACUGCUCAACAUGCUCAUUUACAUGUUCUUGCAGCCUGGUACGAUCGAAACUCCGCUAUACAGUGGCCAGGCCACCGUACAAGUCAUUCUAUUGCUGCUAGCCGUCAUUCAAGUGCCAAUCAUGUUGUUCCUCAAGCCCUUCUAUCUGCGUUAUGAGCACAACAAGGCGCGUGCUAUGGGAUACCGCGGGAUCGGCGAGUCGACGCGUGUCUCGGCAUUGGAUGAUGACGACGAAGAAUCGGGAAGCCCAACUCUCAACGGAGGCCGAGAAAGCUUCGGCGAUGAUGAGGACGGCGCCGCGCUCAUCACGCAGGACAUCGGACAUGGCGAAGGAGAAGGCCACGAGGAAUUUGAGUUCUCGGAGGUGAUGAUCCAUCAAGUUAUCCACACCAUUGAAUUCUGCUUAAAUUGCGUCUCACACACAGCUUCUUACCUGCGCCUUUGGGCUCUCUCAUUAGCACAUCAGCAGCUCUCGAUCGUUUUGUGGAAGAUGACACUUAAUAUUGCUUUUGGCAUGACGGGUGCAGCUGCCGUGAUCAUGACGGUCGCGCUGUUCUACCUUUGGUUUGUCCUUACAGUCUUUGUGUUGUGCGUCAUGGAGGGCACGAGCGCCAUGUUACAUUCUCUCCGACUGCACUGGGUUGAGGCAAUGAGCAAGCAUUUCAUAGGAGAUGGAGUGCCGUUUGUUCCGUUCAGCUUUAAAGUUUUGCUGGAGGAGGAACCAGUGGAAUAAUGCUUUUGUGUAGUCUGUACAUAAACUCUGUAGGGAUAGAUUUUCGCUUCAACUUGCGUAGAAAAUAAACAAGUCUACACCGGAUA